ACUGAACUUACAUAACAACUCACCAAAUCACUUUCAACUUGAUUUCCUUUUCUUCUUUACUACCGAUCUCGACUUUACCAUUUACCAUUCAUCAUCAUCAUCAUGUCUCAACUUCCUUCUCCUCGUCCUCCAAUCCAUCGACCUCCUUCAGUCAGAAUAUUAAGACGUUCACCUUCAAACACAGCAACACAUGGAUCUGUCAUUGAUGAUCCUAACUCGAGACUUCCUGUCAAUCAAUCCAUCUCAUUCAAUCCAAAGACAAAAGAUCCCACCAUCAAGACUCCAAACCUCAUUCCAUCACCAAGUCCACUUCUUGAAAACUCAGGUCGAACCACCCCUCCUACUGGCUCUCGAACGUUUUCAAGUUCACCUACUCAACUAACUCGUUCACCAGCUGGAAGUUUAAUCAGUCGAGCUAUCUUUGGUAGAAGUCCUAAACAUUCUCAUCAUCGAAACAGGACUCGAGCAUCUACGGUGAACAGCCGAAAUUCAGCUUACAUGCCUUCAAAUCCGGCUUCACCAUCUGGAAGAGAUUCAAGAUCAAAACAUCAUCUACAGCCUAGUCUCACUUCUUCUACAAGAGCGUUUUCUCCAAGUGGUAGUAGUAGGAUCAGGUCAAGAACUAUGGAUGACGCCAAUGUUUUAGAGGACGAUGAGAAUGAGACCAGCCAGACGGAUGCGAAUCGACAUCACCCAUCAGCUCACGAAAACUUAUCCGAUCCUAUAAGUUUUUCAACAAUCAGUCGAAUGAAUCCAUCAACUCGUAGUACUCAGCAUGAAGGACAACCUCGAGAGAUAGAAGGACUUCCAGAAGAAGAGGAAAGUGAAGGAGAAGCUGAAUCAGUUGCAGGCGAUAAUGAUGAAAUCGACUUACUCGAAGUCGUCGAUCCUGCAGUUCAUACAGCCUCUACUUUGGCACAUAUUCAAAACAGUAUCUUCCUCUCAAGUCUAUUCAAUCCAUUCAACUCACCUGUAAUAGAAAUUGCUCAUGACCAAUGUCUUGGAGGAGCCAGCAUGUCACGUAGAUCAAGUGUAAGAGCUAAAUCACCCAAACUUGAACCAGUAACCGAGAGAAGAUCUAAGAUUAGAAGAGGUUCAAUCUUAUUAAGACCAUCACCUACUCUAGAUGAAGAAUCGGGUAGAACUCCACAAGAAGAAAAAAAUCCAGUUGAUGAUCAUAUUAUUGAGAUUGUGGAACAAAACCCAAGAAAACGGUCUUGGAUCGCUUUGAAAAGAAUGGCUAGUGGAGCUUGGGCUUUUUUGAAAACUCCACUUGGAAUCGUGUUUGGGAUUUAUGGAUUCUUGGUUGUCUUUUGGGGGGCUGCUCUGGUUUUGAUUUUGUUGAAAUGGAUUAAGAUUGAACCUAUUCAACACUAUAGGAUCUGGGUUGAAAUCUGUAGUCAGAUCCUAAAUGGUCUUUUUACAAUCACGGGUAUUGGUUUACUACCAUCACGGUUAAUUGAUUGGUGGAACAUCUCAGUCAUCCUUCAUUACGCAAGAAUCAUAUGGCAAAGAAAAGGAAAACAUAAUUUAUCAGAUCCUAAUGAUAUUUUACCGAUAGAUAAAGAUUUAUCAGAAGCCGAGAAAGCCGUGAAACCACCUAGAUCACCUAAACAUAAACGAUUUAAAAAACAAAACAAUUGUGAGAAAUUAGAAGAUGAAAGAAGGAUCUUAGGAAUUCAAGAGUGCAGAAGAUUAGAAAUCGCUCAAACUAAAUUAUGUAAAUCUCAAACUUGGUAUAGACCUCAUUCUUCUGCUACUCAUUAUGCUUUUCCUAUUUGGGGUGCUUGUGGAAUCUUGAUUUGUAAUCUGGGGAAUAGUAUUUUUCAAGCUGCUUUAUGUGGUGUGAUGUGGGGAUUAAGGUAUAGUGAAAGACCAGCUUGGACAACUGCCACUUUUAUGGCACUUUCGUUUUCAUGUGGAAUCACAAGUGCGAUUUUAAUUUGGCAAAUUGGAAAACGUACACAGAAAUCGGAAGAAGUUAGAAGAAAAGUUGAAGAGUUUUUGAAAGAAAAGAAAGAAAUGGUUGGAGUUGUCGAAGAAGAAGAGGUAGAAGUGUAAGAAUUGAAGUCUAGAGAGUCAGGAUUAGAUUGGUUCGGAUUGGAUUGGAUUAUCACAUUGCAUAUAUUCAUGUUUAGACAGGUUGAUCAUUUUCUUUAGAGCAUCUUAUAUUUUUUUUGUUUGUAUUUGUAUGUAUUGACAUUUCUUUUAAAAAGCAUUAGCAUGUAGCAUGGUUUUUUUUCUUUUUUUUCUAUUUCUUGAAAGUUGAAUUAAUUUAGCAUUUUCUUUUAUCUUCUUUUAUCUCCCUUCUAUAUUUAAGUUUGAUUUAAUUACUUUGUUUUUUUUUCUUUAUGUAGAUACUUUUUUUUUUCUUUUUUUUUUCUUUUUUUGCAUGUUUUUUUCAAGAUAAUUUUAUUAGUGAAGAAGUUAAGAAAUAAGUUUGUCCUUUUUUGAAUUUAUGAAUAGUAGAUCUUUUAUCUUUGAUUGAGUUUAACUUUCAAU